AUGAUUGCACUGGCUGGGACGGCUGCAAAGGCGAAGACUGCCAUAAAGGGCGGUGUACCGGCUCCAAUUGUAGCAGUUGUUCUGGCCGAGACUGCCAUGAUGGAGAAUGCACUGGCAACAGUUGCAACGGCUGCACUGGUUCCGACUGCCAUAAUGGACAUUGUACCGGCUUUGACUGUCAAAGUUGCACCGGCAGAGAUUGCUAUAACGGUAGAUGCACUGGGCUACAAUGUAGCAGCUGCCCCUGGACGAAACGGCGGUGGCGGCGGAGGUGGUGGUGGGAUCGACGGCUGUACGGGGGCUGGCUGCGGUUGUUCUGUAUCUGGAGGCUGUCACGGCGGAGACAAGGAUGGAGACAGAGACGGCGACAAUAAGCCUACGUCAACAGCUUCAUGCAUUGUGAAACAAACGGCCUCAAUAUGUGCAGAAUAUUGCACUGUUAUAACUGAUAUAGCCAUGGCAACAAUGACUUCUUGCACAUCGACAGCCUGUGUCCCGACCAUUGGUUGUGAACCGACAGGGACAACAACUACUAUCACAUCGAUGAGCAGUGAUGAAUGCCUACAUGUUACCCCUCCUGCUACCUUUCCUCCUAAUGUGGAUCCUUACAAUGGCUGUGCCCCUUGCUUGAUAGGGAAAGCCAUCCAUGGCCCCGGGAUAAUCGCCCAGGACAAUAUUAUAGCUCGAGAUUUAUCUCAGCCAACCUAUGUUUCUCUCCACAAACGUGGUGCGGCUGAAACUGUUACAAAUAUUGGCAGUUGUACAUUCGCUAAAGGGAAUAGCGCAUUAGCUCCUGCAUAUACAGGUGCAACUCAGUACAUCGCACACGCCAUAUCCAAUUCACUACCAAAAAGUCAACAGAUGCCAAGGUGGUAUAGCAAAACAGACUCCGACUGCGUUCCAGUGGUAACGCAAGUCCCUGAUGCAGAUGUUGUUGGGCGAAAUGGUAAUAGCAAGCGACCGAGUAUUGAACACGUUUGUAAGUUAUAUACUCUUGCAUACCUCCUGCCAACUAUAAAAUCUAGUAUGACUGACGAACCUUUUAUAGAUGAAAAGAACUGGCUGGGUGAUUUUUUUAAAUAUUUAAUCCAAGUUCAGGGCUGGAGUUGUGAAGAAUUCCAAGAGCACAUGUUUAUGCCCUGCAAUUCACUCCAGCUCGUUUAUGAUGGUCUAGCGAGUAAUAGACAUUGGGACUUCAUCGGUGUGACAGCUGAGCUAAACAUUAUAAAAACAGCUAUCGGAGGUAACUGGGAGCAGGACAUAAUAACUAAUGCGGAUAAUGCUCUCGGGACCGAGAACACAAAGAUAACCCCUCACACCCCUUGGGCUGGGGCGAAAGGAAAACUUUCCGAGAGAAUGCUAGUUCUCCAGAGACUAGUUAUUGCCUGCGACAUCUGGACUUCCGACUACACAUUUAACCCCCUUGACCGCACCAACAGCCGCAUUUAUUCAAUCCUCUUCAAUAUUAACCAACCGAAACUUCCAGUUAUCUACAAAUAUUGGAUGGAACACAUCCGGGUUGGAGGUGUGAUGGCCAUUGCCAAGAAAUAUGUUGAUUUACUAGUUGCAUCCAUCGAGGAUGGUCUUAACAACAGCGCCCAGAAAGCACUGGAAGUCCCGGGCGGUAAAGAAACAUGGGACGAGUGGCAUACAUCCCUGCAACGCAUGAAAGACGUAUACAAACUUGACUAUCUAAACGACGAGAGUGUGUGCACCAGGCCGAUCAAGCUAACCUGGAAACGUGUUCCCCUAUCGGAAGGAUCCGCUGGCCUUGGUGCUCGGGACGUAUGCCCCCUCCCUUCUGCACCAAAUACUCCUACUCCCACGAAGGCCACAGCCACAAUGGAUGAACCGCCCAGGACACCGGAAAACCCUUCCCAAACUUCACGUAAACCUCAAGAUCCGCCGCUUCCAACUGAGCCUUCCGGCGGAUACUACUGCUUCCGCGACCACAACGAGAACAAGCGAUGGAACUCCUUCGGCAAGGAGGAGGCAUCCAAGUUGGUCGUCGAUCUUUGUUCUAUCGCUGACCUGCUCCCAACAUCAAAUACAUUCGGCUAUGCGCUACGGGGUAACAAUGGGCUUGUGGCCUCAGUUACUUGGGCUCAAGACCAAACGGGCUGUUCGCUAAAAUUCGAUCUGCCGUUGAACACCUAUUGUGCCUACAUGUUUAAAGCUAUGCUUGAUGCAUGUGGUGACCUUAAUAGCGACAAAGCCUAUGGUGGUGCAUUUGUAGACAAAUCCAAGUAUGGAUGUGUUACCUGGUGGCUGGGUGCCGACUCUACAGCUUCGCAGGACCGACUAUUGACACUGGGACAACAAUCAAGAAUACUUACACAGCCUGAGAAAGAAGCUCACCGAGAGAUGCUUGCUACUCUUGAGCCAGAAUUGCCGAGGCUGAAAAAGGAGGUACAGGGUUGA